AUGAUUUCGGGUCGAUUAGCUAAUGUCCUGCUCGCCGUCGGCGUUGGUGUUGGUACGGGUGUCUAUGUGUUCCAACCAUUAUUACAAGAAUACCAAAGUGAGACGCAAGGCACUUGGAUGCGACCAGGUGACGAACAAAGAAUCAAAUCAUGGCGUGACAAGACAGAAUCAGAACCAGCAGCAAAAUCUCCAUUACCACAACAAUCUCAUGAAGAAAAGAAAUAA